AUUUUUUUUAUAGUAUAUAAAUACCAAAAUAACAAGAUUUCUCGUGAGAGCUAGCCAAUAAAGCUUACCGUCAUCUUCAACAUCAUUCACGCAUUUCACUCCCUCAAUUUGACUUCCACUCCUACUUCAGGAUCCCAAAGCUCGCUGAUUACUCUAAAUAUCACAGUUUUGGUGAUCUGGAACUUCAGCGAGGCAACUGUAAUGGAUUCUUGCGUCUUGACCUUGAAACCCAAUACCCAUUUGGCAAAAGCAAGCAAAGGUGGUCUCAUUCGUGGAAAUAAUGGGUUUUUGGGGGAGAGGAUCACACGGAGCCUAAGUAACAAUUUAUUGGUUAGUCAGUUGGCAAAAAGUUUGGGAACCGAGAAGAAGGUCACGAAGCUCAACCCAGGUGUUGCUUUUGCUAUUCUUACUUCAAAUGAUCAUCCCAAGGAGACUGUAACCUUACAAGCACCACCUUUUUAUAGACCUAAAGCAGACCCAAAAAACGUGGCUUCGGUCAUUUUGGGAGGAGGUGCAGGGACUCAACUCUUUCCUCUUACUUCCAGAACGGCUACACCUGCUGUUCCAGUAGGAGGAUGCUAUAGGCUUAUAGACAUCCCAAUGAGCAAUUGUAUCAAUAGCGGCAUAAACAAGAUUUGUGUACUCACUCAGUUUAACUCUGCCUCCCUCAAUCGACACAUUUCACGCACAUAUUUUGGAAAUGGUGUUAGCUUUGGGGAUGGAUUUGUGGAGAUUCUGGCAGCCACUCAGACACCGGGAGAAGCAGGAAUGAAGUGGUUCCAGGGAACAGCAGAUGCUGUGAGGCAAUUCCUAUGGGUAUUCGAGGAUGCCAAGAACAGAGACAUUGAGAAUAUACUAAUCUUGUCAGGAGAUCAUCUCUACCGAAUGGAUUAUAUGGACUUCAUCCAGAGCCAUAUCGAUCGAAAUGCUGAUAUUACAAUAUCCUGUGCGACAGUGAGUGACAGCCGUGCAUCAGAUUAUGGAUUGGUGAAGAUAGACAGCAGAGGCCGUAUUGUUCACUUUGUUGAAAAACCUAAGCGAGCUGAUCUGAAAGCAAUGCAAGUGGAUACAAGUCUUCUGGGGUUGUCCCCACAAGAUGCCAAGAAAACCCCAUAUAUUGCUUCAAUGGAGGUCUAUGUCUUUAAGACAGAUAUUUUACUUGAGCUUUUGAGGUGGAGAUAUCCUACAGCAAAUGACUUCGGAUCUGAAAUCAUUCCAGCAGCUGUGAAGGAGCGCAAUGUCCAAGGGUACAUAUUUAGAGAUUACUGGGAGGACAUUGGAACGAUAAAGUCCUUUUUUCAUGCUAAUUUGGCCCUUACUGAAGAGUUUCCAAAGUUUGAAUUCUAUGAUCCCAAGACACCUUUUUACACAUCUCCUCGAUUCUUACCGCCAACAAAGAUGGACAAAUGUCGGAUCGUGGAUGCAAUAAUCUCACAUGGAUGUUUCUUGAGAGAGUGUAAAGUUGAACAUUCAAUAGUUGGUGAACGCUCAAGAUUAGAUUAUGGUGUUGAGCUCAAAGACACCGUCAUGGUGGGUGCAGACUAUUACCAAACUGAAUCUGAAAUUGCAUCUCUCUUGGCAGAUGAGAAGGUCCCAAUCGGCGUUGGACGGAACACAAAAAUUAGGAAUUGUAUAAUCGACAAGAAUGCAAAGAUCGGGAAAGAUGUCAUUAUCAUGAAUAAAGAUGGUGUUCAAGAAGCAGAUAGACCAGAAGAUGGAUUUUACAUUCGGUCAGGAAUCAUCGUUAUCCUGGAGAAGGCAACAAUACAAGAUGGCAGUGUCAUAUAAAGGGAUCUCAAGCACUUUCACAUGGUGGUUAGGCGAUGGGAAAGGAAUUAUGCAGUGGCAAUAACUAUGGCAAGUCAGGGGGACGUGCCACAUUUUCAUCUGCAAAGAAGCAAGCUGCAGCUUUGUUACUGCAUUUAAAAGUAGAAACUCCUUGCCUGUAGAAAAUGAGAGCUUAAUAGGCAGUAUUCACAGAUGCAAGAAGUACAUAAAUAAAUAAAUCAGGGAGCUGGAUGUCAAGCAGCUGGGGCUGCGUUAUUCCUUUGUAUGGGGGUUUUCAUUAAUGCCAGUCUGUAUCGAUAUUGAAUAGGAA